AUGAAGAAUAUCCAUAAAGCAAUAGAAACGGAACGUCUCCAGCUUCUGCGUUACACUAGAGACCAAGAUACAAGCCUUGCUCGAUCUUCAGCGUGCUACAAAAAUGAGUGCCGCUCAGUAAAGAUUGUGUUUAAUACCAAGCCGCAAAGCUUUGUUUCUUUUAGAGUAUCGCGGAUGUCAUUGCAAACAAGACCAAGGCAAGAAAAACCCAAGGUUCGGACAACCCCUGCAAAAAAAGAAGCCCUGAUGCAGGGUAAACACGUGCGCGAGAAGCCUGAAGACUAA